CCCAUCUCCCUCUCCCUUUCUCUCUCUCCCCUCCAUCUCUGUCUCCUUCCAGUUGUUCAGCUGAGCUCAUGGUGGUGACCCAACCUGGACAAACAAACGUGUUAGGCGCCUCUCAGCACCCAGAAAUGCCUUCUCCCCAGGAGAGGCUGCUGUGCUCCUGGGGAAGGGACAGAGCCAGCAGGCAGGGGCUGCCCUGAGGGGGCUCCGAUGGGUGAGGUGGGGCUGAGCAGCUGCUGGCCUCUGUCACCCUUGAAGCCUGCCCUGGAACCCCCUGCCCAGAAGGACACACUCAUGCCUACAGUGUGUGGGAGCCGGGUCGUUCCUUGAGCGUGUUCUGUCACCCACCAAGGCAGGGGCCGAGAUGCUCCCAUUUUGCAUGUGGGCAAACUGAGGCCCAGAAGCAUGAAACAGUUUGCACGAGUUCACUCGGUUAGUGAACGCUGAGGACACACAUCAAACCAGGCAGUGAGGCUCCAAGCUGGACCCCUGGGAGGCGUGAGGGGGUCUCAGCAGCCAGCUGUGUAGACUGAGGUGGGAGGGGAGGCCGUGGGGCAGGAUCCUCCUCCGCUAUGUGCUCAGGCCUCCAUCUGCAUGCUCCCAGGAGGGGAGAUCAAAGCCGAAAGGCUAGAGGCCAGAGCCUGCUCAUCUCUGGCACCCUUGGCUGCUAGCACCCCAGCUUGCCAUGGGUCAGACGUGUCCCUUGAGGGUCUGGCGUCCAGAACAGGUGUGUGUGUCCCCUGGGCUUCCUGCAGGAAGCAAGGAGAUCAUGGUGAUGGGUGUCCUGUCCCCUCCUCUAGCUCAGUUUGGCCAGCUGGCCCAGCUGAAUCCUCAGGAGCGUCUGAGCCGGGAGACAGCCCUCCAGCAGAAGCAGGUGUCCCUGGAGGCCUGGCUGCAGCGUGAGGCCCAGACGCUGCAGCAGUACCGCGUGGAGCUGGCUGAGAAGCACCAGAAGACCUUGCAGCUGCUGCGGAAGCAGCAGACCGUCAUUCUGGAUGACGAACUGAUCCAGUGGAAGAGGCGGCAGCAGCUGGCGGGCAACGGGGGCCCCCCGGAGGGCAGCCUGGAUGUGCUGCAGUCCUGGUGUGAGAAGUUGGCCGAGAUCAUCUGGCAGAACCGGCAGCAGAUCCGCAGGGCUGAGCACCUCUGCCAGCAGCUGCCCAUCCCUGGCCCAGUGGAGGAGAUGCUAGCCGAGGUCAAGGCCACCAUCACAGACAUCAUCUCAGCCCUGGUGACCAGCACAUUCAUCAUUGAGAAGCAGCCCCCUCAGGUCCUGAAGACCCAGACCAAGUUUGCAGCAACGGUGCGCCUGCUGGUGGGGGGGAAGCUGAACGUGCACAUGAACCCUCCCCAGGUGAAGGCCACCAUCAUCAGUGAGCAGCAGGCCAAGUCGCUGCUCAAGAACGAGAACACCCGCAAAUCCCCUCUGUAG